AUGCCAGUCCGGGCGAUUUUUUCCCCCCCGGCCCGCCCCGGGAGGAGUUACCGGAAACAAACUUUCCCGGGGACGAUGUGGCGAGCCUGUCCUCCCCAAGAGCCAGUCAGAAACAGUUUGGUAGAUGACGCUAAGGCCCGCUUAAGAAAACAUGACGUUGGGACCAAAUAUUCUCACUUGUUGUCUAACAAAUGUUCCAUCCUUUUACCGUUGUUGGCUAAAGAAGGAAAACUCUACCUGUUGUUCACCCUCCGGUCAGAGAAGCUGAGAAGGUCACCUGGAGAGGUCUGCUUUCCUGGAGGCAAGUACGAACCUACAGAUGCGGAUGACGUGGCCACGGCUCUCCGGGAAGCCCAGGAGGAAGUGGGGCUGCAUCCUCAUCAAGUGGAGGUCGUCUGCCGCCUGGUGCCAGUGCUGUUUGAUAGAGAUACACUGAUAACCCCUGUUGUAGGAUUUAUAGACUCCAACUUCCAGGCCAAGCCUAACCCCGAUGAAGUUAAGAAUGUGUUCCUGGUGCCUCUGGAAUAUUUCCUGCAUCCCAGCGUCUACCAGCAGAAUCACCUGAUACGCUCUGGUCAUCAUAUUAUUAUUCACUGCUUUGAGUACACAAACCCUGAAGACGGUGUGACUUAUCAUAUCCGGGGAAUGACUGCAAAAUGUGCCUUGUUUGUUGCCUUAAUUAUUUUGGGAAAAAAACCCUCCUUUGAGGUUGAAUUUAAUCUCAACGAUCUGAUGUCAUCCUCUGAAGAGUCUUUACUGAAGCUUCAUAAACAUGCUACAAGCAAGUUAUGAUUUAUGAGACCAACACCCAAAUAACUCUCUAAGCGGUGUUUGUGUGGGCUUAUCCACAGAACAACAAUAAUGCCAGCUGUUGGAAUUUGACAGGUGCGAAUAUGUUUCCUGUAAUAUGAAGGUAAAAACCUUGCCUUUUUUCCAGUUCCCCUCUAUUAUCUGAAAAAGCAAAAGUCUUUCAAAAGUAGAAAAAUGGGGACUUCCCUGGUGGUGCAGUGGCUAAGACUCCACACUCCCAAUGCAGGGGGCCCAGGUUCGAUCCCUGGUCAGGGAACUAGAUCCCACAUGCAUGACGCAACUUAAGAGUUCACGUGCCACAACUAAGAAGCCCACCUGCCACAAGUAAGACCUGGUGCAACCAAAUAAAUAAGUAAAUAAAAAUAAAAAUUAAAAAAAAAAUUUUUUUUUACUGUAGAAAAAUGUGUUUAUACUGUUGCAUAAUUUCACCCACAGUAUAUUUAACAAUGCUUUCCUUACACAUGUAAGAAAAAGGAUCAGGCACAUAGUAGGCACUUAAUAAAUAUUUGUUAAAUGUAUGAUCUUGUGGCAUUUAUCUUGUUUGUAGGAGGUAAUACCUCUAUCUGUCAUUACAUGUGACAGAAACUUCUGACCAGCCAUCAAAAUCCAUCCUCCUUUUCUUAUUUGGCAAUAGAGUUGAAUCUGAGCCCAUAGCUGCCCAGGUAGAAACAGCAUUACCUAAGUUCUGGUGCAGUUAAAUGUAGCUCUGAAAUUUAAUUUAAGCCAAUGGGAUGUGAGUGAAAAUCGUUCUUGCCAGUCAUCUCCAAUUUAAGGGACAAGCCAGAUUCCCUGGAUUCUCUUUCCCUUUUCCAUGAUUUAUUUGCAACCCAGCCUUGACUACACAGAUGAAGACAAUUCCUGCAGGAAAGUUAGAGCCAAAAGAUGGUAAGAGCUUGGAUCUCUGAAUGACUCUGUGAAGCAAAGCAACCCACCAUCCUGGACUAUUCACUUGGGACUGUUACAUGGGAGAAAAAUAAAAUUCUGUCAUUUCUGCCACUGUAAUUUGGGGUCACUUUGUUACAGCAGAGCUAUAGCCCUAAUA